AUGAACUUGAAUUGUUUGUGGAGAAAAACUACUCACAGAUUACAAUUCCCUAUCUUUUUACGUUCAGUUGUUAGUGUGAUUUUCUUUGGAAGUGAUCAUUAUUCACUACCACAUUUACAUGCCUUAGAAGAACGUCAACGGCAGUAUAAAGACAUUAAAAUUGUAUGUGUUGUCACAACAUCAGAGAAAACACCUGUUGGAUAUCAUUGUAUCCAAAGUAAAAUAGAUCAUGUAAUUUGGCCGCGUACAAUUUCAAACACUUCAAUUAUCGUCGAUUGUAUCAAUCAACGUAUCAAUGCAAUAAAAAACCAGUCUUCAGAUCAAUCAGAUAAAUUAUUGGGUAUCAUUGUUUCAUUUGGUCGAUUUCUACCUGCAUCACUAUUAUCUUUAUUCAAUUAUGGUUGUUACAAUAUACAUCCUUCAUUAUUACCACGUUGGAAAGGUCCUACUCCAUUAUUAUACACUUUAUUAUCUAGAGAUAAAGUUACUGGAAUUACUUUAAUUCGCUUAGAUCCAAAUCAUACAACAUUUGAUUCUGGUUCAGUUGUAUAUCAACAAUCUAUUCGUUUACCGUAUAAUAAAAAUGUAUUUUUAACACCUGAACAAUUGAUUGUAUACUUAAUUCCUCAUAGUAUUAAAGCUAUGUUUGAGGUUAUUUUACAUCCAAAUUUACCAUAUUUAAUUGGUAUUGAACAAUCAGUUAUUUCUGAGAAGUUCCAUAUCCCUAUAACGUAUACACGUAAACCAAGAAAUCAAGUUGGAGCAAUUGAUUGGAGGAGACAAUCAGCUAAAGAUAUUAUAUGUUGUUGGUAUGCAUUACAAGGAAGUUCUAUAAAUUUAUAUACUGAAUUGUAUUUAUCUAAUAUAAAAGUAGAAGAUGAAAAAAGGGAUGUAGAUGGUUCGUUAAUUGCACACUUUCGCCUAUCUGAAUGUCCUUUGUUGGUGCCAGACAGGGAUUUCUUGUCCAAGAACAACAACAAUGAUGAUUGUAAUUAUGACGACCACGAUGAUGUUGAUGAUGAUGAUAGUGAAAACAUUAAUGUAUGCUAUGCAAACUAUGAUCCUAAGACAAUGAAUUACCUUAAUGAAGCUUCAAUUCUUCUCAACCAGCCUUAUUCAUCUUCAUUACCGCCUGGAAGUGUUGUCUACUUACGUUCACAGAUUGAUUCAAAGCAUCCACUUAUACCAUAUGCUUUUAUAGCUUGUAAACCGAAUAAUAUUGACAAACAACAACAACAACAAAUACAAGAAGACCAUGAGUAUUCUAAAGUAUCAUGGAUAGCUGUUAAAAGUUUUUUAGUUAAAUGGCCAAGUUCAUCUAUUGGUCGACAUUUAACAGCUAUUGAUGUAUACAAUGGAUAUUUUAUUAAUUAUACAGAAAUGAUGUCAAAAUUACCAUUUGUUGUUGUUGUCAAGGAAAAACAGCUAGGUGUACGUUAUUUUGGACAAUUUCAGUGCCUAUCAUCCUCUUCAUUGUCCUUUUCAAUUGCAUCAUUCAUCAGUAAUUGUACUGAGUGUAGUAAUACUAGUAACCAGGGCAGUAAGGACACUGUAUUGAAUCCCUGGACAAAAUUAACCCCGUCUAUACUACCGAAUAAUUUACAAUUAUCUAGUAAUAUAUCAAAUAUUGUACAAAAUGUAAGUAAUAAAUAG